AUGUCCGCCUCCGUAAAAACCACCUACCGCGCCCUCCUCCGCGAGCUGCCCCGACGCAGCCUGAACACCCCGACCCCGCUCCACGCGAGCAUCCGGAAACUCUACGAAGAGCAGGUGGUGUCUGCAUCGAAGAUCGGCAAAAGUGGGGGCAGCGCCGACGCCGACGCCGCGCAGGACACGCUCGCCCACCGCCUGCAAGAGGCGGAGCAGUUUGCGCAGUACGCCCGCGCGCAGCGGCAGUACGCCGAGCUGGUGGAGCGAUAUAACCCUGGGAGCUGGUUGGAUGAAGAGGAGCGGAUUCGGUUGACGGCGAGGCGGGUGGGGUUGGAUCUGCCGGUUGAGGGGAAGGGGACUGAAGAAUGA